AUGUCGAAAGCAAAUAUACUUCAUCUGCUAGCAGCAAGUAAUAAUCCAACAGCUUUGGAUGCGGUACAGAAUUUGCUGAAAACAUGCCAGAAAAAUGUUCACGAACGGGAAGAUGAGGGACUGACGGCAUUACAUGUAGCUGCUGCAUGGGAUAAUUUAGCAAUGUGUCAAUUACUGAUGCAUUUUGGUGCUGACCCUUUUCAAAAAGAUGAUAACGGAAGAACAGCGAAAGAUAUGGCAAAAGGUUCAGUGAAGAAAUUUUUUGAGCGUCUCUACGAAACCGAAACUUCUACAAUAAGUCACUCUCUGCAACAAACAUUUUUGCGCGCUCUAAAUCAGCUGUUUUCGUGUUCAAGGAAGAAGGCUACCAAAACACCUCUGAAGUUAAGUAGAUCACGUUCUUGGUCACCUUCUUAUGAUGGAACGGACAAUUUCCUGUCAGAGGAAGAAAAACGGUUACGGUGGGCUUUUCGGAAAAACCAAACAUGUUUCCCUGGUCAUGAAGAUGGAAAAAAAAAGUUUUCUCCAAUCGGAGAAAAAUCAUCCAAGCAAACAUCUGGUCUCAUGGUCUCAUCGCAACAGUUCGCUUCGUCCACUGUGAAACCGCCAAAACAUGAAAGCGAUGAUAAUACGAUGUACGCUACAGCUCCUGAAUACAACACUAGUAACAAUCACUGCUUGCCUUGUAUUCGAAAUUCAAAUAAUGCUCCAUCUUAUAUUUUAACCGAAGAAUUCGAUUCAUUGAAACUUGGUUCAACAUCACCUCAGACUAAGGAUGGGAUGACCGAAGAAUCUUCCACUAGUACUUCAAGUAUAAAAAUACCAGCAGAAAUUUUGACAGUAGUUCGUCAAAUGUCCGAUGAACAGUUGAAACAGGAACUAUCCAAAAGGGGCGAAUCUAUCGGACCAAUUCUUGAAACUACGCGUCCGGCGUAUGAAUUAAAACUGGCACGUUUGAUUGCAAAUUUACCUUCUAGCACUUCGGAAUUAAAGUACAGCUGGGCACUUGAACGUUGGAUAACCGGCAACUCAUUUUCUGAAGGUCCGAAGCUUGACCAAAUUCUCAUAAGUAGUUUUGUUGAGCUUUCCCGUGAACAGGACAGAAGAGGCAAUAAAUCUACUUCAUUUUGUUAUAUUUUGAUUGAUCCUUGUGGUAUUAGGCCUUCUUGCAAUAGCUGUACAAUGCAACAGUUUAUUGACUCUAUAUUUUAUAUUGGUAAAGGGAAACGUUCCCGUCCUUUUCAACAUUUGGUGGAUGCUGUCCGAGCCAAAGGUUUUGGCAAUGGUGUUCUAUCGAAAAGUAAAAAACUGCAAAAAAUUGUGGAUCUUUGGAAUGCUGGCCGUGGUGUUGUGUCAUUGCACGUUUUCCAAAAUAUAAUUCCCAAGGAAGCAUUUACAAGAGAGGCAGCGAUGAUUGAUGCUAUCGGUCUUCGAAAUUUGACGAAUGUCAAAAGAGGUCAUUACUAUGGUCCUGCAAAAAACUGGACAGCAAAAGAGAAAACAAUCUACGGCAGCUACCUCUUGUUCAAUGCUCUGUCAAUCUUUCACAUUGAAGGUUGUCGUGAAAUAUAUGAAAACGAUGUACAGAAAAAAUAG